GCUGCUGUGCUGCUGAUCUGCACAAACUGUAAGUGACAGUCCUGAGCUGAUUACUGCCUGCAGCUGCUGCUGAUCCCCCAGGGCAGCAGCUUAGUCUCCAAACUCUUCUCUUGGGGUGAGGUGGUGCAGCAGCUACUUCCACUGAGGGGGUGUGAGGCUGGCUGGUGUGCAUUCUCCAGCAUGGAGAGGAUGGGAGCUGCGUGCUGCUGCUGGAUGAGCUCCAACUAGUCACCUGGACUCCCAAGCUCUGCUCUUGCAAUUGACAGGACUCUGUCCCCCAGCACUGGAGGAAAAUCUGCCCAGGUGUCAGGAGCAGACAAGUUUGCAAAGGUUCUUGGAAGACGGUUCAGAGAAUGGGAAGCACAGCCAUGGAUACCAAGAAAAAGAAAGAGCUUCCCAAGAAGAGCAGCAGCCAGAAGAGGAGGAUGCUGAGGGUCCAUAUACCUGACCUCAGCUCCUUUGCUAUGCCCUUUCUGGAUGGAGACCUGGACAGUGCAGACAAAAAUGCUCAGCGCAAGACAGAAGAAUCUACCUGCACUGGGAGCCCCUCAAAAAGCUUUUUCCCAAAAGGUCUACAAAACCGACCAUCUAGUCCAUUGUCCGCCCCUGCGAAAGCAAGAUAUAGCCCUGGAUCCCCAAAAACGUUGUUCCCCUUCCCAUACUUGGAGUCCCCUCCUCGUUCACCUCGGCGUAUGAGCUUUAGUGGCAUUUUCAGAUCUUCUUCCAAAGACUCUACAUCCUCAACUUCUAACCCAUCUACCUCACCUGGUGGCAUCAAAUUCUUCACAAGGUCAAGAAAAGCCUCAGGCCUAUCAUCUUCCCCAUCCACUCCCACACAAGUGACCAAGCAGCCCAACUUCCCGCUGGAAUCCUACAAGCAUGAACCAGAACGGCUAGAGGCCAGACUUCGCUCAUUUUCCUCUCCACCGGAUACAGGCCAGAGGUUUUCACUACCGCACCUACCAGUAACUAUGACUAAGUCCGCCCUAGUGUCAUCAACGCUCAGCACUACCUCAAAAUCAGCUCCGGGCACCACCAUUGGAGGCAUGCUGGAGAAACUGGAGCUAGAAGAUGAAGCUGUUGAAGAAUCAGAAAGUGACAUAUACAUGCGCUUCAUGAAGUCCCACAAGUGUUAUGACAUUGUGCCCACCAGCUCCAAGAUUGUAGUGUUUGACACUACAUUACAAGUAAAGAAGGCUUUUUUCGCACUUGUAGCUAAUGGUGUCCGAGCUGCUCCAUUGUGGGAAACUAAAAACCAGAGUUUUGUAGGUAUGUUAACAAUUACAGACUUCAUAAAUAUAUUGCAUCGAUAUUACAAGUCUCCAAUGGUACAGAUCUAUGAGUUAGAGGAACACAAGAUAGAGACGUGGAGGGAAUUGUAUUUGCAAGAAACCUUCAAGCCUUUGGUGAACAUAACUCCAGAUGCAAGCCUGUACGAUGCAGUGUAUUCACUGAUCAAAAACAAAAUCCACAGAUUGCCGGUAAUCGACCCAGUCAGUGGGAAUGCACUUUAUAUACUUACCCACAAGCGAAUCCUCAAGUUUCUACAGCUGUUUGUGUGUGAAAUGCCAAAGCCUGCCUUCAUGAAGAAAAAUUUAGAGGAACUUGGGAUAGGUACAUACCACAACAUUGCCUUCAUACACCCCCACACUCCCAUCAUCAAAGCUUUGAAUAUAUUUGUAGAGCGACGAGUCUCUGCAUUGCCAGUUGUGGACGAGUCAGGAAAAGUUGUAGAUAUUUAUUCCAAGUUUGAUGUCAUUAACCUUGCUGCUGAGAAAACAUAUAAUAAUCUAGACAUCACCGUGACCCAGGCACUGGAACACCGCUCACAGUAUUUUGAAGGUGUAGUAAAAUGCAGUAAGCUGGAAACACUGGAGACUAUUGUGGAUCGAAUAGUCAAAGCAGAGGUGCAUAGACUGGUAGUUGUGAAUGAAGCACAUAGCAUUGUUGGAAUUAUAUCUCUCUCUGAUAUUUUGCAAGCACUGGUACUGUCUCCAGCAGGUGCCAAAAGGAAGGAAAGUGAAGCGGACUGACUGCUGAAUCGGCGGUCAACUUUUUUUCUAGAAGAACUUGAAUAAUGGCGUUUGUGUGUCAAACUUUUGCCCCAGCAACAUGGACUUCAAUCGAUGGGCAGAAGAUUGAUUGGGAGAUUGUGUAAAAUGAUGGAAGUAAUGGCACAGAGGCUUCCUUCUUGCAGUUCUUGCUGCGUAGGGAAGACAUUCAAUGGUGAUGAAGCAUAUUUAUUGGUUAUCUGGUUAUUUUUCUCCUCUUUAGUUUGGCACAUCAAAUAGAGCUUGCAGGCUAUUUUUAGAAACCCUGACUUUUGUAACCUGCAAAGGUUUAUGCUAAGGCACAGUCCUACAUGAGGGUGCAAUGUAUGAACAGUUAUGAAUGUGGACUGGACUGGGGACAGGAAUACACUGUGCUGAAUGUGAAAGUAUUCAAUCUCCAGGAUUGCUUCAGGUUUCAUGAUACUUAAACUAUUUGUCCGAAGGAUACAAAACGCGUUGGUAAAUGCCAGUCUGGGAGCAAAAGCAGUUAAGAAUACUUAUAAAAUCUCAAGUAAAGGACUGGUUACAUACCAAUCUACAUGUAUCAAUACCUAUAUACAGUACAACUGAGGUUUAAGAUAAAGACCCAAUGAGCAUAGUAGAUAAAGUCAGAGCAUUUUCCCAUUACCUGUACAACAAUAAUUAAUGUAACCUGUCCGGGCUACAAAAAUGUGCAUCAUAUUGGUUGGCAUUAAGCGGCAUCGCUGUGUUUUCUUAUUUUCCGUACUUGUCUGACAGCAGAGAUAGCUAUAACUGUUCUACAUCUCACACCUUUUGAAUAUUAGAAUUCCAUCAUUGCUAUAUGUUGACACUAUAAUGCAUCCUUCUGUAAUGAUGACCUUCAUACCAGUCUAAUGUCCAAUUUAAAUCAAAGAUGUACGAGACACUGAACAAGACUACAUGUUUAUUUAUUUUUUAAAUAUAUAGAGCUACAGAGUUGGUGAGUACUAAAUUAUUUCACCAGAUUCAUAAACAGUUGAUUGUAAAAAAAUAAAUAAAAAAAAAUAGUAAUUUUUUUUUCCAUUGUUUAAUAUUGCGUUUAAAAUGUGGCUUGAUUUAAAAAAAAAAAAAAAAAAAUCAACAAAAAAAAUUAAUAACUAUCCUUGAACUGUCUUGCAGCUUGCUACAAAAACUGAUAAUCUGUACUGUAAUGUAAAUAAAUAGUGAGAAAACAAAGUGCCACCGAAACUUAUAUAUAACUAUAUAUAUAGAAAACCUGUAAAUCAUGUUUGUAAGAUUUUUGAAUUUUUUUUUGUAAUUAUUUUUAGUUUAUUUUCACCAUGGUUUGCAAAGAGUGUAUUGCGUUAUUUUAAUGUCGGCGUGGAGAACGGUAAAUACUAUUUAACUUGCAGAACAUUUAAACGUCAAGUUGUUGUCUGCAAUAUUAAUGAUGCACACACUUUUAAAGGGCAAUAAAGAAACAUUGUCUAUCAUA